CAUGGUCAAGUUGAGCUGAAUUUACUUUAUAUUUGAAAAGAUUGACUGUCAAAAUGGUGUUUGACCAAGAGUUGAUAUUGGAAAAUGUUUAGGAUAAAAUUAUAAAUCUGUCUAAAAUUUAAAAAGACUGCCCCACUCUGCUUAUAAACUAAGCGUUAUAGGUAAAUCGUAAUGGAUAUUAACAGAAAUUUCGUUUGGAUUUGUGAGUUAUUUAUUGUUUAUGCGAACUUAAUUAUUAAAUUAAUAGGAAUUAUGGCAAAAUGAAAACUUAUUUGACUUUCACCCAUUCACUCACUAUUUACCCUAGGAUGGGCAUAAUGUCACUUUAAACAUAGCACAUGAUAACUCAUAUAAUAAAGGUUGUCGUGGAGAUAACUGUAAAGAUAGCUUGAUAGUCUGUUCAGACAGACAUAGCUUAAACAACUGUGUAAUGGGGAAGAAUUCGCUUAAAGCUAACAUGUAUCAAACUGAUGGUGGGUAUGGAUGGAUUGUUGUAGCUUGUACAUUCUUCAUUGGAUUUAUCAUAGAUGGCUUGGCGUAUUCGUUUGGGACAUUGCUGGUGGAAUUGCUGGAGCAAUUCAAACAGGACAGGGCAUCUACUGUGGUCAUUGGCUCAGUCUUGUCAGGAGUUAUGUACCUUAUAGGACCAUUAGCCGGAGCCUUGUCUGACAUAUAUGGUUGUCGUAUCAUCGUGUUCUGUGGAGCUGUUAUCAGUAGCGUUGGUUUCGUCAUCAGCUUUUUUGCCACGAGCGUCAUGUAUCUUUACUUCUCGUAUGGUCUACUUGGGGGCAUUGGUUUCGGAAUCAUGUUCUUACCAGCAGGUGUAUGCGUCAUUCAACACUUCACGGAACGUCGUGCUCUUGCCAAUGGCAUUGCCGUAUGUGGUUCAGGUGUUGGAAUGUUUGUAAUGAAUCACCUUUCUAGAUUUUUGCUUGAUCACUAUGGGUGGAGAGGAACUGUUUUGUUGUUCGCAGGAAUUUCACUACAAGGCACCGCACUGGGACUUCUGCUUUUACCACCACUACCGAAAAUGAAAGUUGUCGACCCGAUGCUUUGUGAUACACCGAAGAUAUUUGUUGUUGAGGGAAAAGGUUUAAUUAUGGAUUCCCUUUUAAAAGAAGGUAAUGGUAGAGAAAAUAAGAUUGACAAAGAAAGUAGAUAUGGCUGGGUAGUUGUCAUGGCAACAUUUUUCAUCUCCUUGAUUGUAGAUGGUUUGUUUUAUUCUUUUGGAAUAUUGUUCGUGGAAUUACUGGAGUAUUUCCAACAGGAGAGAAGUUCAACGGUCGCUAUAGGGUCGAUUAUGUUUGGAUUUAUGUAUCUCAUUGGACCUGUGGCAGGAGCACUAUCAAAACUGUACGGAUGUCGGUUAAUCGUCAUCAUUGGUGCAAUAAAUAGCUGUGUGGCAUUUGUAAUUAGUUCUUUUGCAACAAGUGUGCUAUAUCUGUCUAUAACAUACGGCUUUCUUGGUGGUUUAGGCCUUGGAUUAAUUUUACUUCCGGCAUACGUAUGUUUGAUACAACAUUUCAACAAACAUCGCUCUUUAGCCAAUGGCAUAGCUUGUUGUGGUUCAGGGCUUGGAACUUUUGUGAUGAAUCAUUUGACUCGAUACUUUCUCGAUCAGUACGGUCUCAGAGGAACGAUUCUACUUCAGGGAGGACUUGUUCUGCAAUGCGUUGUUUUAGGACUACUCUUGUUGCCUCCAAACCGAACAGUCGACGGACGUUCUCUUAGUCCAGCUAAAGGCAAAAACAUGCGCAAUAAGUCAACUGAAUAUAUAACAUCUGAACGAACCUGUUGUUCUUGUUUCUUUUUAUCGGAUGUUAACACUAAAAAAGAUAUAGAACUGACAACGUUAAAUGUAAAUACACAAGAAAACGCACCCACGGUUGAUAACAUCGACAGUUUAAACAACAACAAACGAGAAAGUUUUAAGACAAUGAAAACAUUCGUUCACCUUGUUUUCAACAGAAAACUUCUAACAAGUGUCAUGCUCUGGUCGUUUCUAUUUUGUAAUUUCACGGUGCAGCUCGCUUACACCAUUCCGUUUAAUCUUUUACCUGAUCAGUCUGUUGAAAAGGGAAUAAGUAAGCAUCAGGUGUCAUGGAUUAUGUCCUCAGUAGGUAUAACAAAUACGUUGGGCAGAGUUCUCCUCGGCUGGUUGGCAGACAAUAAAUGUAUACACAGACUGUCUUUGCUUAAGCUCUUGUUAUUGUUGGCUGGGCUAUCAACAGCUGUAUCACCAUUGUUCACCACAUUUACAACAAAGCUCUUGUAUGCAUGUAUAUAUGGGUUUUUGGUUGGAGGGUACGUGGUAUUAUGUCCUGUUGUUUUGGCUGAUCUCUUUGGCACCGAAUUGAUAGCUCAAUCAUUAGGGCUAUGGAUGUUUGCUUGUGGACUAGCAGGCUCGAUUGCUUCACCAGUAGGAGGUUUCCUCUAUGACGUCACUGGUUCAUAUGAUACAACCUUCUUUGUUGCCGGGCUGGAGUUUGUAAUUGGCGGGUUAUUGUUAUUUAUUCCUAGAUGUCUAGCUAGAUCCAAAAGAUUUAGAUAAAGUCGUAUUUUUUAUAUCAAAUGCUUUUAACUGUUUAUAAUUCACAAUUCAAAAAAAUACACUUGAAUAUAAUGAAUUUAAAAAAGAAUUUAGAAAAAAAUAAAUAAGCUGUUAAUGAUAUUUGAAUUCAUGAAGUAGUUUCAAAUAUGAUAAAAUUCAAAUUUGCAAAAGGGAUUGAAGGAAUGCUUCCCCAAACAAAGGACCACCAGGAAGGAAACCAAGCUUGGUUUAAAAGAACCAUAAAUUAUUAGUUUAAAAAUACAAAAUUACAGCAUUGAAGAAUGAAACACAAGUUAAAGGCACUGUAGUCUAUAUUCCAAAUAUAAACUAUAAGUAAUCAACAUUAUUUCUCAACUCAAAUCGUUUUAAGAUGAUUUUUUAAGAUUAACGCUGAUAAUUUUCUGGGAACUUUUUCAUUUAAUCAUGUAAACAAUUAGAUAAAUUGAAAAAACCACAUUUCAUUUUACAAGUUGUUCUUAUCGGGAAAUUUUAAAAAUGCAUGAUUAUCAUCCUUUAGAUUUCUUUUCAUUAUGAGACAAUUGCUUCAAUAUUUACUAUUGACAAAUUUAAUUUUUAGAAUGCAUAGCAUCUUGUUGCUCUUGCUGUGUUAUUUCAUUUUGCAUACCAAUAUUGUAUAAAACAAUGCAUUUGAUACUCAUUUUACUCAUUCCAUAUUUUAUUGAAAACUUAAUACUGUAAAACAUAACAUACUAAGCAAGAUCACUAAAAGUAAGUUCAUAUACAAUUUUCAAAUAUUUUGUAUAACUUGACAGAAUAAGUUUCAGCCAGUUUUUAAUAACAUUAACAGCGUUCAAUAUGAUACUCUCCCUACUUCACCAUUUAUAAAUUUAUGGUGUGUUUACCUCCUAACAUCUUAUUUUUUCGCACUAUUGCUUGCGUGUAUAUUUUUACAACAUAAGACUAUCAAGAAAUACCCUGUUUGGCGAUCCACAGUUCUGACCUAGGAAAUAAUUAUAUAGAAGAGAUAUGGUAUUUUUUUAACUGACAUACAAGGGGGCAAAAGAUAACAAUAAAUUACAUGACGAAUAAAAUGACUUUAGAAGAAAACGUAGUACUCUUGAUCGCAUUUCGUCACUUUCUAGUUAUACAUCAAUGAUUUGAUUACAUAUUUGAAAUCAUUCAAUGAAAGAAUUGAUAUUGGUGGUGAAAGAAAAUGUAUCUUAUUAUAUGCUGACGACAUUUUGUUGCUUGCUGAGAACUCAAAUGAUUUACAGUGUCUGUUAAAUGCUCUUAAUGACUGGUGUUCUGUGAAUGAUAUGAACAUUAAUUGUGAAAAAAGCAAAGUUGUACAUUUUAGACAUGUCGCAAUAACUAUAAUUUUCACUUGUGGCAACGAUGUAAUUGAAAUUGUGGAUAGAUAUAAACAUUAAGAUCUAAUUUUAACUGAACCUUUAGUCUUUAAUAUAACUGCUAAACAUGUAGCUCAAAGUGCAGGAAGUGCACUGGGACUUGUUAUAGCGAAAUGCAAAUGUUUAGGAGGCGUUUCAUACGCUGUCUACACCAAAUUUUAUGAUUCUAUUGUGUGGCCCGUGAUCAACUACGGUGCAGCGGUUUGGGAUGACCGGUCUUUCUCAUGUGUUACUCCGUCCAUAAUAAAGCCUUGAGGUUCUUUCUGUGUGUUGGUUAAUAUACACCUUACGCGGCACUUGCAGGUGAGAUUGCCUGGCAACCACCAGUUGUUCGCCAAUGGAAAUCUAUAUUUACGUUUUGGGCCCGUUUAAGUAAUACAAACUCGUCCAGGUUGAAUAAGAUACUUGCAUUAUGGGCUCAUGGUAAAGCAAACAGUAAUUGUAAAACUUGGUAGUUUCGUGUUAAGUCAACAUUGUUUGAAUGUAGACUCAGCAAUUUUAUGACAUUUCUUACAAUGUUUAAAAACAUGCUAUUGUUCAUAUUGCUAUAUCCUUUUUGACGAAUGAAUAUGAAUGCGACUGGAAACAGCUUAUCAAUAGAUCUGUAGGUAGUUCAGGUAGAGGAAGAAAUAAACUAAGAACAUAUUGUACAAAGAUUAUAAUGUUGGGAAUUAUUGCACGUUGAAUGUGCCACCUUUACAUAGAUCUGCAUUCUGUAAAUUUCGCUAUGGUGUUGCUCCCAUUAAAUAGAAAACUGGAAGAUAUGAAAACAUAAGUGAACAAAACCGUACGUGUCCAUUUUGUGUAAAUAACGUUGAAUUAGGAUCUCAUUUUACAGUGCUCAAUUUAUGAUGAUUACAGACGAAACUUAUUUCAUAAGGCGGCGGCCGUUGAUCCAGAAUUUUAUAACAAGUCAGAUAAUGAUAAACUUGUGUUUCUUUUUACAAAUACCUCCUUAAUUAGAAUAUGUGCCAAAACAUGUUUCGAUAUUCUAAAAAGACGUAAAGCUUAUCUUUGUUAAUAAUAUUCUAGUAGAUGCUUAUCAUUUCACUUUAUUAUUAUUAUUUUUACUUUUAUGAUGAUAUAAGUGCUCCUCUUUUAACUACAAAGUCGUACUGUUUUAUUUUACCUUUGUUUUUACAUGCGAUCAGAGCAUCUGUUUCUUAGUUUUAUCAUGUAAAUUGUCAUUGCUAUGAAAUGCUAUAUAUAUCAAUGUGUUUUAUACAUUUGUAGUCUCCUGUAGUUCUGUAUAGAAUGGCUUUAUACAUGUUCUUAUGAUAUGUAUUUAGGUUGCAUUAUGUUGUACCAUGUAUAUAGAUGAGACUUUAAUAAAUAAAUAAAUACAAGGGCA